AGCCCUGGAAGAAAAUUGCAAGUUGACAUGAGUGAACAAGUAAAUCUACCUGAAAUUAUCAACGACUGGACCAAAGAGCAUGUGAAACAAUGGGUAACAAAAGACCUUAAGAUUGAUGAAAAAUAUGGGCAGAUUCUGCUCACUGAAGAAGUAACUGGAUUAGUCCUGCAGGAAUUAACUGAGAAUGACCUUAGAGAAAUGGGACUACCCCGGGGUCCAGCACUUUUGAUAAAACGUAAAUAUAACAGAUUGAAUAACAGUUCCUCUGAAAGUAACAAUCAGGAUUCUGGACAAUUGGAUCAUACAAAACCCUCCAAAAAAGAACACCCAAAAAAGCCACAAAAGACAAAAAAGGAAGAGGAAAAAUCAGUGUUAUCCAAUAUUGAUCAUGAUCUCAGAGAGACCAGGGAUACCAAAGAACAAGAAUCGAUUCUUAUGAAAGAAGAUGCAUUAAAUGAAGGAGCGACCACUGAAGACCAAAAUGAGGAUAGGCUAGAAACUGAACAGUUGACUUGUAUGCCAUAUCCUUUUGAUCAGUUCCAUAACAGCCAACGUUACAUAGAACAUAGAAUUCUACAACCUGAAACUGGCCCACUCAAUCUCAUAGACCCAAUACAUGAGUUCAAAGCCCUCACAAAUACAGAAGCAGCCACAGAAAAGGACAUUAAGAUGAAAUUUAGCAAUGAAGUCUUCCGAUUUGCAUCAGCUUGUAUGAAUUCACGCACCAAUGGCACUAUCCAUUUUGGAGUCAAGGACAGACCCCACGGACAAAUUGUUGGUGUGAAAGUCACCAGUAAGGAUGCCUUCAUUGACCACUUUAAUAUAAUGAUCAGACAAUACUUUGAAGAAAAUGAGAUCAAUGAAGCGAAGAAGUGCAUUCGGGAGCCAAGGUUUGUGGAAGUCCUACUGCAGAACAAUACACCAUCUGACAGAUUUGUCAUUGAAGUAGAUGUUAUUCCAAAACAUUCUGUAUGUGAAGAAAAAUAUUUCUUAAUUAAGAUGCAAAGUUGUAAAAAUGAAACAUGGAAACCAAACCAAGAUUUUUCACUGUUUGUGAGAGAUGGGCCCAGCUCUAAGGAUCUCCUGGCCAAUGUCAAACAACGGGACGUAGCUCACAGAAAUUUUUUACAAAAUCUUAAGUCAGUAGUAGCAUCUAGAAAAGUGGCUGAAGAAGAAUAUGAAAUGAAGGCAAAUAAGAAGGAGAGUGAAGGACAAAAGCUGGUUAAACUUCUCAUAGGCAACCGAGACUCACUGGAUAAUUCAUACUACAGCUGGUACAUUCUUGUAACAAAUAAAUGCCAUCCAAAUCAAACGAAGAACUUAGAUUUUCUAAAGGAAAUGAAAUGGUUUGCUGUGCUGGAAUUUGAUCCUGAAUCUGUGAGCAAGGGGGUGGUCAAAGCUUACAAAAAAAGCCGAGUAGCAAAUCUUCACUUUCCAAAUCAGUUUGAAGAAAAGACAAAUAACAUAAGGGAGAAAAUUUCUAGUUUGAAUCUUUACGAGCAGACCAGCUGGAUCUUCUGCAAUGGCAGGUCAGACUUGAAAAAUGAGAGCCAUAAGCCUCUAGAACCAAAUUUAUGGCACAGAGAAAGAGCUUCUGAAGUCAGGAAGUUGAUUUUAUUUCUCACAGAUGAAAAUAUAAUGACAAGAGGGAAAUUUUUGGUAGUGUUUCUAUUACUCUCUCCAGUGGAAAGCCCAGGAGAUCCCCUCAUUGAAACUUUCUGUGCUUUCUACCAAGCUCUCAAAGGAAUGGAAAAUAUAUUGUGUAUUUGUGCAAACCCACAGAUUUAUCAACGAUGGAACGAUCUGCUACAAACAAGACUGACAACAGCAGAUGAAUUAACAAACCACAGUAUUUCCACUUUAAAUUUAGAACUGAUAAACAGUACUAUCCUUAAACUAAAACCAGUGACUCAGUCAUCAAGAAGAUUUUUGCCCUCCCAUGGACUUUCUUCGGUUAUCUUAGAGAAAAAGGAAGAGGAUAUCUUGACUGCACUAGAAAUCCUCUGUGAAAAUGAGUGUAAAGACACAGACAUAGAGAAAGACAAAACUAAAUUCCAAGAAUUUAAGACAUCAAAAGAGGAACACUUUUAUCGAGGUGGCAAAGUAUCCUGGUGGAACUUCUAUUUUUCUUCUGAAAACUAUUCUUCAGCUUUUGUCAAAAGGGAUAUUUAUGAAAAGCUUAAAGAUCUGAUACAGUGCUGGGCAGACUCUCCUAAACCAGUAUUUGCAAAAAUUAUCAAUCUUUAUCACCAUCCAGGCUGUGGGGGUACUACAUUGGCUAUGAAUGUUCUCUGGGACCUAAAGAAGAAUUUUAGAUGUGCUGUGUUAAAAAACAAAACAACUGAUUUUGGAGAAAUUGUAGAACAAGUGACCAAAUUGAUUACCUAUAAAGCAACCAGCCAUGAAGAUUACUUUCCUGUUCUUCUCCUUGUAGAUGAUUUUGAAGACCAGGAAAACGUUUAUGUCCUGCAGAAUGCCAUCGAUUCCAUUUUAGCAGACAAGGGUUUGAGAUAUGAAAGAACACUGGUUAUUAUCUUAAACUGCAUGAGAUCCCAGAAUCCUGAUGAAACUGCAAAAUUAGCAGACAGUGUUGCCCUAACCUACCAACUUUCUCCCAAGGAACAAAGAGCUUUUGAGGCCAAACUGGAAGAAAUUGAAAAGCAACACAAGAACUGUGAAAACUUUUAUUCCUUCAUGAUCUUGAAGACCAAUUUUAAUGAUAUGUAUAUAAAAAAGGUAGUCCAGAAUAUCCUAAAAGGACAGAAUGUGGACAGCAAGGAAGGACAACUCAUUUCUUUCCUGGCUCUACUCAACUCUUAUGUCACUGAUUCUACAAUCUCAGUAUCACAGUGUGAAAUAUUUUUGGGAAUCAUAUACACUAGUACCCCCUGGGAACCCGAAAGCCUAGACCACAAGAUGGGAGCCUAUUCUACACUUCUAAUAAACACGGAAGUCGCAGAAUAUGGGAGAUACACAGGUGUGCGCAUCAUUCACCCUUUGAUUGCCAUCUUCUGUCUGAAAGAACUGGAAAAAAGCUAUAACUUGAAUACGUGUCAAAUUGCACUGAAGAUCUUAAAGGAGGAUUUAUUCUAUGUUUCUGGAAUAGGAAGAGAAAAAUUUCAACAUGACGUGGAAACUCUUCUGCUUACAAGACAGCGCAAAGAGUACGGGGAUGAAACAGACACUUUGUUUGCUCCAUUAAUGGAAGCUUUACAGAACGAAGAAAUUGAAAUGGUCUUGACCGCCGGGACUCAUCGAUUCCCACAAAAUGCGUUCAUUUGUCAGGCCUUAGCAAGAUAUUUCUACAUUAAAGAGAAGAAUUUCAGCAAUGCUCUGGAUUGGGCAAACCAGGCCAAAAAGAGAGCACCUAAAAAUUCCUAUAUCUCAGAUACACUUGGUCAAGUCUACAAAAGUCAAAUCAAAUGGUGGUUGGAUGAAAAGAAAAAAGCCAAGGAUAUUACAGUUAAUGAUCUAAAAUACCUCCUGGAAGCCGCUGAAAACGCCUCAAAAGCUUUUAAAAAAUCCCAAGAACAAGCCGAGAGGAAAGCCUAUGAAACGGAGGCCUGGGCACCACAGAAGUUGCAAAGAAAAUACGACACAUACAACACGGCCGGUUUCCUGGGUGAAAUAGAAGUUGGUCUUUACACUAUUCAGAUUCUCCAGCUCAUGCCCUGUUUCCUCAAAGAAAAUGAAUUAUCUAAAAGAGAUAUGGUAGACUUUUUAUCAGGAAAGGGGAUGAUUCCCACAAAUCCAAAAUGUGAAUAUUAUUUGGCUCUUAGCAAGUUCACAUCCUACUUAGAAAAUUUACAAUCAGAUUUGAAAAGGUGCUUUGACUUUUUUACUGAUUAUAUUGUUCUUUUGAAAAUGAGAAACACCCAAAAAGAAACAGUAGAAAUCUCAUUAAAAAAGAAAAUCACUCGUUGUUUCAAGAAAUAUGGGGAACUUUUCUGCUCUUUGGAUUUGGGUUUGCUACAAAGCAAAGAGAGUCAGUUACUCCAAGAGGAGAAUUGCAGGAAAGGUUUAGAAGCUUUGAGAGCAGAUAGGUUUUCUGGACUCCUGGAAUAUCUUAAUCCAAAUCACAAAGAGGCUGCAACCAACAUGGAAAAUAUAGUGAGCAAGUAUCUUUUCCUACUGAAGCAAAACCCAAAUAAGCAGCUGACAAAGGAGAAACUAAAUUUCAUUUUAGCCAACAUUAUUCUUAAUUGUCUAAAACCCCACUCCAAGAACAUCCAACCGCUUAGCAUGCUGAAAAAACAGCUCCGAGAAGUGUUGCGAUCCAUAGGACCAACUCAUCAACAUCCAGACCCUUAUUUUUUGGCCUGCCUUCUGUUCUGGCCAGAAAAUCAAGAACUAGAUGAAGAGUCCAAACUCAUGGAAAAGUAUGUUUCAUCCUUAAACAGAACCUUCAAAAGGCAGUACAGGAGCAUGUGCAGGUCCAAGCAGGCAAGCACCCUGUUUUAUCUGGGGAAGAAGAAGGGGCUCCACAGUCUUAUUUGCAAGGCCGAGAUAGAGCAAUACGUUGAUAAAGCACAAAAUGUAAAUUCCCUCUUGCCGAGUGGAGACGCGUGGAAAAAAAAAGAAGUCAAAGACCUCCUGUGUCGUCUAACUGGUCAGGCGGAAGGCAAGCUGAUCUCUAUGGAAUAUGGAACAGAGAAAAUAAUUAAAAUACCAGUGAUACCUGUUCAUUCGGGUCCACUCAGAAGUGGUGGGAACAUAGAAAGAGUGUCCUUCUACCUAGGAUUUUCCAUUGAAGGCCCCCAAGCAUAUGACAUAGAAAUAAUUUAAGAAGCUACAUUAACUUUAAUAUGUUUAUUCAUAAUCUAUGAUUUUAUUCCCUCUCUCUAUUCCCUUGGCAUUUGGAUAACAUUAUUGGCUUACCUGUAAAUCACAGAUUUUGCUUUUGUGUCCCUGAAUGAUUUAUAAGGUUUUUGAGGGCAUGAAAUUUGUCUACACACAGAGUUUGGCACACAGUAGAGUUGAUUGCUCAAUGUUUUAAAAUGCAUUUUCAGACUAACAUAUUCAGUUGGUAUCUGCUGGUCACAUCAUAACUGAUUAUAGAUCAAUAAAAUCUGUUAUGAA